AUGGUGGCCAAGAUCGAUUUCGCCCAUGUGCGGUUGCCCGCCAGGAAAGAUCUACAAGAUGAUGAGUAUGGCGUUCAGCUACGAGAGCAUGGAGAGCCGACAGAGCUGCCACGGCGCUUCUCUUCCUUUGCAAUGAUCGGUCUCGCCUUCUCCAUCCUCAAUUCAUGGGCUGGAUACACUGCUGCAUUCACCACCCCUCUCGAAGCCGGAGGCGCUCCUGUGGUCUUCUGGGCACCGCUCGUUGCCUCCUUCGCGUGUUUGAUUAUAACCACUGGUCUUGCAGAGCUGGCCUCUGCGUUUCCCUCGAACGGGGGACAAUACCACCACGUCUAUAUGGUGGCGCCCCCCAAAGCCCGCGCCGUACUGGCUUUCCCGACAGCCUGGCUCAGUAUCUUUGGCUGGCUGUUCACAGACGUGAGCGCGGCGUUCUUCGUUGCCCAGCUCUGUGUGGGCAUAGCCCAAUUCUACUAUGAAGGACUGACGGUAACGGCGUGGCAGAUGUGGCUCAUCUACACUUUGGUGAUAAUUCUGGCGGCCGUCUGUGUCUGUUUCCUGCCUCGGCUGAUUCCACUGAUCGAAAGUUCGCUCUUCUGGCUCUCCCUCGGCAGUUUCAUCGCCUCGCUUGUGGCCAUGCUCGCCUCCAGCCAGCACAAGCAGUCUGCCUCAUUCGUAUUCACACAAUGGAGCAACCAGACUGGUUGGAGCGACGGGACGGCCUUCCUCCUCGCCGUGGGCCAGAGCAUGUGGCCCUGGAUCGGCACCGACGCAGCCACACACAUCAGCGAAGAGACGCCCAACCCGGGCCGAAGCGUGCCCCGGGCCAUGUGGCUGUCUGUUGUCAUCGGCACGAUCACAAUCCUCCCUUACACGUUGGCCAUGCUCUUCAGCAUCCAGGACAUGGAGGCCGUCUCCGACAGUGCCCUCCCCAUCCGAGAGGUCUACCUACAAGCGCUACAGUCAACAACGGGAGCUACCCUGUUGCUCAUCCUGCUGGUUCUAAUCUUCUUCGGGGGGGUGGUGGGCGUGACCGUCACUUCGGGCCGUUUAAUCUGGGCGUUUGCCCGCAACAACGGCCUCCCGUAUUCAAACGCCUUUGCCCGAACCGAUCCCAAGCUGCAGACCCCCGUGAAUGCCACGCUGCUGACCGCGUCCUUCUGUAUCAUCUACGGCUUGCUCUACGUGGCGUCCACGCAGGCGUUCAACUCCUUCAUUGCGACCGCCAUCCUCACGCUGAACAUCACCUAUGCCGUGCCGCAGGGGAUCGUGCUCUGGCGCGGACGAGACAUGGCCCUCCCGCCCCGGCAGUUCGAUCUUGGCCGUCGCUUCGGCACCUUCUGCAACGUCUUCUCCUGCGCGUGGGUGGCGCUGUACGCUGUCCUGUUCUGUUUCCCUAUCAAGGUGCCCGUGCAGGCUGGGUCGAUGAACUACGUCAGUGGUGUCAUGGGGGGGAUGGCGAUUUUCAUCAGUGCGAUGUGGUGGUUUCGGGGGCACGGGCAGUUUAUGAAGCGGACAUACUAUUAA